AUGGCUCAAUCCGCUCCAAAAUGGUACGAAACUGAAGACGUUUCCGCUAGAAAACAAACCAGAAAAACUGCCCGUCCUCAAAAAUUAAGAGCUUCCUUGGUUCCAGGUACCGUCUUAAUCUUAUUAGCCGGUAGAUUCAGAGGUAAAAGAGUUGUUUACUUAAAAAACUUAGAAGAUAACACUUUAUUAGUUUCUGGUCCUUUCAAAGUUAAUGGUGUUCCUUUAAGAAGAGUUAAUGCCAGAUACGUCAUUGCUACCUCAACUCAAGUUGAUGUUGCUAAAGUUGAUGUCUCUAAAUUUAACGUUGAAUACUUUGCCAGAGAAAAAUCCGCUAAAGGUAAAAAGACCGAAGCUGAAUUUUUCAACGAAGAACAACCAAAGAAAGAAAUUAAAGCUGAAAGAGUUGAAGAUCAAAAAUCCGUUGAUGCUGCUUUAUUAGCUGAAAUUAAGAAAACUCCUUUAUUAAAACAAUACUUAUCAGCUUCAUUCUCAUUAAAGAGUGGUGAUAAACCUCAUUUAUUAAAAUUUUAA